AUGACAUGAUAUAAUUAUUUCCCCUUUUCUUUUUUAUGUUUAAGGGUUGGUUUUUUUUUUGUAUUACAAAUUUUUUUGGACCAUCCAAUGUGAAUUAACCAUCCCAAGUUUUUUUUUGUGUAAGGGGACAACUUAAUUAAUUUUUCUUGAGUGGAUUUUAACGGAAAAAUUUUCUAUAUCACCCACUAUGUACCAAGAAGUGCAACGAUCUCGCAGUGGAUCUUAUUUUGUAAAUCCACCGCCUAAGAACGCCGACAAACGAAUUGGAACCCACAAAAUAAGACCCAUGGAUUAUGUGGAUAUACAAAACGUAAAACUUCUUGCUGGAUUUUUCGGAAUGGCUCAAGCUAAAAUGUUAUAUGGUAACUUUGAUAUCGAACAAUUAUGGUCAAAAUCGUACAUUUCUAUUUUAUUGGAAUGUAAUAAUACAGUUGUAGCGACAAUGAUGUUGAACAAUUAUCCAAACAUUCCGAGUAUUCCAACUUCUUCUUGGGAAACCUGGUUAAAACGAAAUUACGAGGUUACUUUUUUAUCACCGGAAAAUACUUUGUGGAUACAUUUAUUUCUGUUUAAAAUUGAUAUGAGACGCGAUAUAACCGAUGCGUUUAUAAAAUACGUUUUUAAAAAAUACGUACAUGUUAAAUUCAUGGUUAUGGUUAUUCCACCGUUUUUAGCUCAAUUCGAAUGGAUAGCUGAAUUUGGAACGAUGAUAUCUUGUCCAUUAAUGGAUAGGCCGCGACGAACCCAAAGACUUUUAUUACUUAGAAGAACAAAUUUUGUUUCUUCGUAUACAACGAGAAAAGCUGUUGAAGGCGAUAACGAUGACAUCGUUGCUUUACUACACAAAACUUGUCCUAGUUUAAAAGAAUUGUACGGAAAACAUUAUAUUGCCGGAAUUUUAAGCAGCGGUAAUAAUACAAGAGAAAUUAUCGUCGCCGAAUAUAACAAGGCCAUUGUUGCUGUUAUGAUUGUUAAUAGUAAUGUUAAUUACUCCAUGUUAAACUUGGGAUUUCAUUUAGAAAUGUUAUCUGGUUUAAAAAAAGUUAGUUCUGAUGCAGCGCUUGUCAGCGACGUCCACAAAAUAGAUUCUGCUUUGUCUAAAGUAAGAAGCUUAUCAGACUUUACAAUACGCACAAUCCCCAGUGGAUUAUUAUCAGGAGCAGUAUCUAAACACGUAAAACAUGAUGAAAGCGAAGAUAAUAUUUCACUUAUCCUUAGCGACGCUGAUUUUGACAUUGAUCUUGAUAUUGAUCAACAAUCGGUUGAUAGUCUUGUAGAUCUAGACGCGGUUAUCGAUGAAAAAUCAGAAGAUUCCUUGCUUAUUGGUCAUCUAGAGCUUAAUAUGAGCUGUGUUGUUUUAUCGUACACAAGUAAAGAAAUUCAAAAAUUAUUGGAAGCACGAAGAAUUGCUUCAGGAAAAUAUAAUGAAUUAUCCAAAUUAAAAUCAAGCACCCAUUUGAAACUAGUAGACGGAGAUCCAAACGCCUAUUCCAUCGAAAUUAUCGCCGUCGCAAAAACACACGCCUUUGCAGUAACUUUAUUAUUUUUGGCUUCUUACGAAUGUUUUCCAGAUUUCGAUUAUUGUUUACUUAGUUUACCUUGUAACGAACCGACCCCACCGAUUUUAAAAAAAUUUAUACGCGCCCACACAAGAAGAGAUGUAACAAUGCCCGACGAACUAUACGUUAGUCAUAAACUUUCAGUGAUGGGACGAUUUUCAGCUAGAGAAGCUUAUUCUGCGGAUUCGUCUUUUAUUUACGAAUUGAUGGGUUCUCAUAAAUCAGCAAAGUUAGCCGAUUUAUUUUCAAAAUCGAUACAUGCCCAACAUACGUCGUUAAGAACUUACGUAUUUCUUUGUAAUUCGAGAAUUAUAGGAUUUUCCAUUUUAAAUCAAGAAUACGAUAUUGAAUACAUUCGUACACAUUUUUAUUGCAAAGAAUCUUUAGCAGAUAUGCAAUUGGGAAGUAUGGAUUACGGUCAUAUUUUGUAUUUUACUAUUUUACCAAUAUUCGAGAAAACGGCCUUAUUCUUUUUACAAGAACUUCAUCGAUUAAGCGAAUACUCCAAAUUAUUUUAUACUUUAGAUCCUCAACCGAAAUUCGUUCCGUGUAUAAUUGCUGAAAUGACAUUAGUUUUACCGAUUCAAAUCGGCGAAUUAAAAGUAAACAAAGAGUCUUAUUACGAAAUCCCCGCAUCUUUAAAAGAAUGCAGACCCGUUGCAACCUUAUUCAUUUCAACACCUUCGUUGUGUGGCCGACCAAAAUUUGAAAUCAACACGCGAAUUGUUGUUGUGGGAGCUAGCGAUGUUGGAUUAUCAUUUAUAAUCGCACUUUUAAUAAAAAGUAAUACCGGAAAACAAUUAAUUUACAAUAAUAUAACUGUCGUUUCCGCUCACGGAGUUAAUCGCAGCCACACCUUAACCAGGUUUAUUCCAAUAUCGAGUAAUAUUAAUAAAUGGACGUUAGAUAUGCACGGAUUAAGCGCUUAUGUCGAUAUCGUUGAAGGUAUUAUGACCGGGAUAAAUCGGGCUGAGAAAACGAUAACCGUUUCAAAUAAUAAAAUUUGUUACGAUAUUUUAAUUUUAACUUGCGGGGUACAAUUCCAAAUUCCAAAACGAGUUUUGGAGGCAAGAAAGAAGCGAAUUGAAUAUCCCGAAAACGUUUUCAUUAUAAAUACAGAGGUUGAUGCGUCGUUAUGUUUGGAACGUUUACAAAAAGCUUGGUCGCGAAAUCAAAGCAACGUUAUCGUUUAUGGACAUUCUUUAAAUGCGUUUUGUUGCAUUUCAACGUUGCUUUAUAUGGGUUUACCUGAAAAUUAUUUAGUUUUUGUCGAUCACGUUCCUGCUCAUGAGUACCACCAAUCUGGACGAAUUCCAAUUUUUAAGGAUCAUGCCAUCGAAGAAGCCGUUCUCGCCGGAUUAAAACAACGCGGAGUGCGUAUGUACCGUGGUUAUUUAUACACUUGGGAUUACGAUGAAUUGGAUCGAAUAAAAUCGGUUACUUUUGAAUGUAGCAAUGGUACUAGAAGAAUCACUUUGGACUGUCUUGCGCUUUUCGUAUACGAAAAGAAAUACAUUUGCCAAACAUCUUUGCAAGCGUUUCAAAACGCCGGAUUAGUUUUUGAUGGGGCUUUAGUGAUAACUCCUAAUUUUCAGACGAACGAUCCUUUUAUUUUCGCUGCUGGAACGUGUACUAAAUAUCAUAAAAGAUAUCAUGCAGAAACUAACUGUCAUAAAUUUUAUAACCAAGGCGAAAUUGGUCGGGUUUUAGCUAAUAUGAUAGCUGAUUAUCUUGUUACUGGGAAAUUGAAUGAUCCUUUUAAAAUUUAUCGGUGUGAUUCGGAAAAACACGAUUAUUAUGUACCCGAAUAUGUUGAGCCCGUUUAUGUUAAUUGCAUUUUACCAGGUGGAGUUAAUUAUUUAUGUGUUAGAAAUCCUGGGUAUUUAUCUCAUUGCGGUAUUUAUAAUCAGGGUGAACUAAUUUCAACUGGAUGUCCACAUAACCUCGAUGGUACAGGUUAUUGUCGCCUACACAUUAAUUCAUAUGGUAUUAUUGAUGAAAUAUCUUGUUUAUCAAAGGAGCCGAUUUCAGUUUUAAAUUUCUUAAACGUUUGGGGAAAACACAACGUUUUGUUUAAAAAGUUAGUGACGCGCUAUAAAGUGGGCGAAAUAAACAAUUUUUUGGCUUACUUUAAUGGAGAUGAAUUUUCGGCGAUUUACAACUAUAUGUUUCCACAUUUAUGGGAUAAUCUGACGAGAAUGUUGAUAUCUAGACCGCCUGAUAAGUAUAAAAAAUGUUUAAUCGAUGAUAUUAUUCAUAUCUACAAAAUGAAUAAUGAAAAAAAGUUUAAAAAGAUCCAUCACCAAUUAAUUAAAGCUUUAUUCUCCGGAAGUGUUUACGAAGAAAAUGUGGUAAAGAUGACUUUGAAUUUCUUGGAGGAACAGAUAUUUUCUCUUCCAAUGUACACUCAUCCUUUAACAAUACCGAUUAUUAUUGCUGGUUACACUGAUAGUAACUUAUUUCGAGAAGAAACGGGAAUUUCGGGGUUAAGUAAGAAGAAGAGGAAAAUUAAUUAAAAAUUUUAAUAAAACUCAUAAAAAUCUA